GGAGAAAAACAGCCGUUGCAGCUUUUUUCCUUCACUGUGCUCUACCUCCUCGUAGUAUCCGUUAGCGGCCAUAUGUAAUUUGACCCAAUUCAUUCAUUCACCUUUUCACGCAGGUCACGUUGUUUCCUGUUGUUGACUUAGCUCGGAGGUUUUAGCACAGAAAGCAGAAUUUUCUGCUAAGCUCCGUGACUCCCUCCGACGUCCCUCGGUGUAUGCCUCGGUGAGUGUCCGUAGCAGGCUGGGUGGUGACAGCAUAAUGAUCGAGCGACCAGAGACCGCAGUUCCGAGCAUCGCUCAGCGGAACCUAGAAGGGUACGUGGGUUUUGCCAAUCUCCCCAACCAGGUCUAUCGGAAGUCCGUCAAGAGGGGGUUUGAGUUUACGUUAAUGGUUGUUGGUGAGUCUGGUCUCGGUAAAUCCACUCUUAUCAACUCUCUGUUCCUGACCGACCUGUACUCCAAGGACUACCCUGGUCCCUCCCAGCGCAUCAAGAAGACUGUGCAGGUAGAGCAGUCUAAAGUUUUGAUUAAGGAAGGAGGCGUCCAACUGACACUAACCAUCGUGGACACGCCAGGUUUUGGAGAUGCAGUGGACAACAGCAAUUGCUGGCAGCCCGUCAUUAAUUAUAUCGACAGCAAGUUUGAGGACUUCCUGAACGCAGAGUCGAGGGUGAACCGUAGAUCCAUGCCGGAUAACAGAGUUCACUGCUGCCUAUAUUUCAUAGCUCCUUCUGGACAUGGUUUAAAGCCUCUCGAUAUCGAAUUCAUGAAGCGGCUCCACGACAAGGUCAACGUCAUUCCUCUUAUUGCAAAAGCAGACACACUGACCCCUGAGGAGUGUCAGCUGUUUAAAAAACAGAUAAUGAAAGAGAUACAGGAGCACAAAAUAAAAAUUUAUGAGUUCCCCGACACCGAGGACGAUGAGGACAACAAGCUCAUCCGAAAGAUCAAGGAAAAGAUGCCGCUGGCUGUGGUUGGCAGCAAUGUGGUUGUGGAGGUGAACGGCAAGAAGGUCAGAGGUCGGCAGUACCCAUGGGGCGUGGCAGAAGAGGGCAUUUUUGUGGAGAACGGGGAACACUGCGACUUCACGGUGCUGCGCAACAUGCUGAUCCGAACCCACAUGCAGGAUCUGAAGGACGUCACCAACAACGUCCACUAUGAGAAUUAUCGCAGUAAGAAACUGGCUGCCGUCACCUGCAAUGGGGUGGACACCUCGAAGACCAAGGGACAGCUCACAAAAAGUCCUCUGGCUCAGAUGGAGGAGGAGCGCAGGGAGCACGUGAUGAAGAUGAAGAAGAUGGAGGCAGAGAUGGAGCAGGUCUUUGAAAUGAAAGUUAAGGAGAAGAAGCAGAAGCUGAAGGAUUCAGAAGCUGAGCUGGAGAGGCGCCACGAACAGAUGAAGAGGAACCUGGAGGCGCAGUACAAGGAGCUGGAGGAGAAGAGGCGAGUGUUUGAGGACGAGAAGGCCAACUGGGAAGCUCAGCAAAGAAUCCUCGAGCAGCAGAAACUGGACGCCUCCAAGACAAUGGAGAAGAACAAGAAGAAAGGAAAAAUCUUUUAAAGUCAGAUGCAUCCCUCCUGGUUCAGUUUCAAACUCCUCCUCUUCUUCAUCUCCUCAGACGUCUUGGUGUCUUGUGGCCUUGAGACCGCGCGUUAAGUCAGGAAUCAAAUCCAACCUCCCCCUAUCACCCGACACACAAACAGACCCGUCUCUGCAGCGCUUCUGGUUCCCAUGCAGAAUGCAUGUUUGUGCUUUUCUACGUUCCUGUAUUUCUUGACAAAGAGGGGGCUUCCUCAGAGUUGACACAUGGCAGGGACCAUGCAUAGCCAUUUGUAAGCAUGUAGUUGUUCAUAGAUCUGCAGAUAAGCAAACGGUUUGUUUUACUGUUACGAAUUUAACACCUUAAAACCUCGUGGAGUGCUUGCAGCGUUUCAUGCAGCGAGGUCAGGUGGGUUUAAGGCCUGGUGACCCCACAGAGUAGCUGAGAGAAAUGAACCCUCAUCUGGUUACGCUGUGACUGCUUCAGGAGCUGCUUCAUCUCCAACUGCAGGAGCUGUUAGAGGAUCUCCAUCUGCCUCAGGACUUUACAUCGUUCAGUCAAAGGAAAGAGUAACUAAAACUAGGAAAAUAUGAUCCUGUGACGAUUUUCAGGUUUUUAAACAUAUGUUGGCAAAACGUUUCCAAAAUAACUUUUCUGUAAUUAACAGAUGCAAACGUCCCAUUUAAGCGAAAUAAAAGGUUUUCACUGUGAAAAAUGUUUCGAGUCUGUCCAACUAAACAGUUUUGGCCAGUUAACCAGUUUAAAUCAUAAGUCACAUUUUUAAAUCCACAAAUUUAAGGAUUGCAUAUUUGUAUGAAAAAUAAUCCCAACUUGAUUUAUUUAGUUCUUUUUGAAACGUAAGAAUAAUUAAUUUCUGCUAUUUUUCAUCAUAAAUCCUGCUUUUCCAAACAAUCAAAAGGGUUAAAAUUGUGGCUUCUGGAGGGCCGGUUCCUUUGGACCUGCUUCACUGCGCAGUGGGAGGUUUGUUUUAAUGAACACUCAUCUAAGGUAGAUAUUUUCACCAGAAACAAACGCAGGCGGGUACAUUCUCCUACAACCGCUCACAUGUGUUUUACUUCGGCCUGUUUUGGACGUUAUGCAGAAGCCUCGUCGGUGUGUGAAACCUCUGGCUUCACGGUGAUCAGAGGUGUUAAUAUUGUGGUGUGUGUGACGGGUGUUGUCAUAGACCUAAACCCUCAUCUCCAGAUUAUUUUUAGAUUAUCCCUCUUUUUUUGGGGGCCAAAUUACAAGUGAGGACAUUUAUUUAAAAGGCUAAACUAUUCCCUUUUUUAGGACUAUUUAAAGAACUCUUCCAAUUGAACCAAAGUGUUUCAGUUUUGUUAUUUUGGAAAAAGGAAAAAAACACCUUUGUGUUAUUAAUAGAUAAAUUCAUAUGGUUUAAUUCUCUACUCUUCUUUCCUCAGAGUUGUAAUGUUUUAUUUUCAUAUGAUAUAAAAAAUAAUCUAUGUACAGUUGAAUAUAAACAGUCCUUGAAAUCUCUUCUCCUUUCAUUAAAUGACUCCCGGUUCUGUUUUCAGGUUGAGUUUUGGACUCACUUCUGUGUCCUGAUAAAUAAAAGGACAAGCCUGCAGCACAAGAAGCAUUAACUGUGUGCGUCUGCUUGAUAAAAAUACAAGACAUGCACAAACAGGAGGCUGCUCGGUUUGUUUUCCACAUUAUGUCAGAACAGAACCGCGAGAGUCCUGUGUCUACACCUGCAUCUAUAUAUUUGUCCCCUAAAGGUUUUCAGAACCGAUCCAUUAUUUUAAUCUGACAUCAUAAAGAACUGUAACAACUGACCCAAAUGCAUUCAUUUAGCUGUAUUUUUUGUAAUAUUUUCUUUUUUUAUAUAUAUAUAUAUAUAUAAAUCCAGUGUUUCUUCUUCUCUUUGUUUAUCAUGUGUUCUGUUUCUUAACUGUACAUGGUUAAUAUUAAAGUUAUGCUUUAACAAUAA